AUGUCAAGGGUCGAAGAGUCGUGUUUUGCUCUUCGAACAACCAUAAUACAUGGGCUGAAGUCAUCUGGGGUGGAUGUUCAUUUAUAUGUACCAUUCCACCUUGAUGUUUGGAGAUACCUAAUGCAAGGUAAAGGGGAAGCUAUCAAAAGAGGUAGCAAAUUAUAUCAAAAGGAAGACUUUGUUAGGUUUGUCGAUUGGCCAGAUCAUUGGAGUUAUAUCAUGAAUCUCCAUGGCACAGGAAGAGCAAUCGAUUUUCCCAUAAAAGUAAGGCCAUUCCUGGGGAAAUCAUGUGUGAAAGAUUUUGUUGUGGGGGAUGAUGGAGCAAUUGUGAAAGCUCCUAUAUUAUAUACUGAAAAGUUAAGUAUUUAUUUUGUAAAAAGAGCAUGUAAUCCUAACAAUAUAUAA